UAUGCUCGAUUACUCCGGUCUGAUCUAUGAAUCGGUGAUCACACAGUCCAGUCAGCACUGAAGCACGUGUAAAGCAGCAGUGGAUUCUGGGUCUUGUCUGUGUGUUUUGAACUAUGGAGCGUCUUGUCAAAUCACGACUGCCUCUAGUACAAGGUGAAAUUUUGGGAGUUCAGUCUCAUCAUGGAAAGGCAGCAGAGGAUUUCACCAAAGCUUUCCUGAAGAAAAGCAUUCCCAAGAUGACUUCUGCUGCAAUCGAGGAUAUGAUGCUGCGCAAGGCAGUGGUACUCGAAUAUGCAAGACCGAAGAAAAAGGCAAAGAAAAAAAAGGCCAAGGGACUGAAUGCUAAAGAGAGACGACGACUGAAAAUAUUCCAGCUCAAACCUGAACAUCAAAAGUAUGAGCUCUUCUUACCUCUGCAUGAGCUUUGGAAACAGUACAUUGUGGAUCUAUGCAAUGGAUUGAAACCAGCAAGCAACCCACAGAUGAUCCAGCAGAAGCUCCUGAAAGCGGAUUUCCAUGGUGCUGUUUUAACAGUGGUCAGAUCAAAAUGUCCCUCAUAUGUAGGUCUUACUGGCAUUCUAGUACAAGAACUGAAGCACAUCUUUAAAAUCAUCACAAAAGAAGACAAACUGAAAGUCAUCCCUAAAAGGAAUAGUGUGUUCAGUGUGGAAAUAGGUGAUUUCGUAACGCACAUCUAUGGCAGCAAGUUUGAACUGCGCUCCAGUGAACGGUCAGCAAAGAAAUUUAAAGUUAAAGGAACUAUUGACUUGUAAUGGUAAACUGUUGCCACGUUACCCUGUAACUGUGGGCUGAUCCUAGAAGCUAUGAAGAUAAGAAAUUUCUUCUUAAUGGACACUUUAGAAGAUUUUCUUUGUACAAAGCUUUUACCUGAAACUGGGGUGCUUGUUUUCUCAUUUGAUGCUUUGAAAAUCUUUUAUUUAUUUGGAUAUGAAUCUGCAUUUUUUAUAUAGACGUUCAGAAAAAUGUUUCAUUUGGAGAUGUCCACUGGACCAUAAUACUUUUUACUUGUGAUGUGUAUCAAAUGACUGUACACCUCUUAGUUAUAAAAGAACGAAUAUGUUUGACUUCUCAGUUAUACAGUAAAUGAAUGAAUGAGUAGACCUCUGUUGUUUAUUUUCUUACACAGUUUUUUGGUGUAAAUCUCUGGUCCGGUAUGCUGUCAUGUAAUGUUGUUAUAAGCAAAUGAUUCUGCAUAAUUAUUUUGUUUUUGUAAAUACCAUGUUUCCCGUACACAUAAAGACCAUACACAGAAAGUGACGGGGUCAGCACUGAAAACCAAAUACCAUCUCGUAUCUUUAAAGGAGUUGUUCACCUUCAAAACGAAAAUUCUAUCAACAUAUACAUGCCCUCUUGUCAUUUCAAGCCUGUUGACUUUCGUUCUUCUGCGGAACACAAAAUAAGAUAUUUUGAAAAAUGUUGGUAACAGAACAGCAUGACCCCCCCCAUUCACUUCUAUUGUAACCAAUGCAAGUUGAUGGGGGGCUGUUAACAACGUUCUUCAUAAUAUCUUCUUUUGUGUUCUGCAGAUGAAAGAAAGUCAUACAGGUUUGAAAUGACAAGAGGGUGAGUAAAUGAUGACAGAAUUUGAAUUUUGAAGGUGAACUACUCCAAGAACUGCUUCAAACUAUUUACCCCUACUAAUGGCAGAUUACAUGACAGUAAAUCCAAUGUGCAUGUUUACACAGCAAAAAGUAUAUGACAUACGAUGAGAUUUUUUUUUAGUAGGUCAACUUUAUAUAAAUUCAGUAUGAAGUACAAUCUGGUGCUGUAUUUUCUGACAAAUUAGACCCACAGUUGACACUAUGUGAAGGCGAAAUAAUGUAUCAUCCAUUACACAUGAUUUUCAUCCACAUACGCCUUUCUACAAAACAAGGAACUUUGCUUUUUCCUCUGUGAAAGUCGGCAUGAUUCUUAGUUGACUUGUUUUUGUUGUGAACUCCUCUUUUGGUAUUCCGCGCCUCUUCUGGUAAUCCUCCUCUUCCUAAAAAGGGGCAAAACAGGUUUUACCAUUAAAUACAUAACAGUUUGUCAAAACAGUAGCCAAUUAUAAAGAUUCUUCAUAUUUAGUGUUGCGAUUAAAGUUCAGCAAUGGUGUUAAUGGAAGUUCUGUGAGUAAAUAAACGGAUGAAUUAAAUAGACUGAUUGUUAGAUGCUGAAAUGAGAUGUCAUCAUUCUUGCGAAUAAAGUCUGUUCAUGAUUCUGGUGUGAUAUGCUUUUCAAAGAAAAGAGGUCCUUUACAUUCAGUGCCGCCUCCUCUGAAGUAACCGUUUAAACAUUGUUGCAUCAAGAGUGUGUAUUUCCCCCUAAACCACAUUUUCCUAGAUAAAACAACAGGUUUUAAUGCUAAUACAUACAAUUUCAACCAAUGCUGUAUGUUAUAUAUUAGACCUUGCAUGUUAAACAAUACAAGCCGGUUGUUUGCCUUGAAGUUGUUUGUGAGUGAACUUGUUAGACUGGCUAUGCCACUGUUUUACUUUCAGUGAUAUAAAUCAGUUUCUGUCUGUUUCCGUGAGUUUAAAGGUCAAAGUUCUGCUGUUGCAUUGUAAAUCUAUUUAUAGAUUUCUUCUUUACUGUCUGCUGUCGACAGAUGCAUUCUGCAGGUUAACUGUACGUUUAUGUUCAUACAUGUCAUUUGUUUACAUGUCAU